UUACGUUACCGUAACCUCCUCUUGGUGGCCGUGGUGUACGAAACCCCUCACGCCGGUGACGCCGCCUUGUACCGGGCUCGGUGUCCCCACAUAGGACCCCGGUGGUGGGAUUUCCCCGGUCGCUUGUUGGACGUUGGUUUUUGGGGACGUUGGUGGGUUUUGGAGACGCGGUUACGCGAUUACGACGUUAACGAGGAGGAGUUUGCGGCGUUACCGGCGCGGUUGAGGCGUCUGGAUCCUCACCAGCUCCGUUCUCACCACAACGAGAGCCGGUUCCUGGAGAAGUUCCGACCCGUCACCCUCAGCGAGGAGGAGAUCCGGCGUGCCGAGAGCGAGGCG